AUGGAGAGUGACAUAAUACCACCCGAGCCAGUUCCUGGGAAAAUCGGGGUAUGGAGUAACCACCAGUCGGACAGUGUUACCAAAAUCAACCCCGGUAUACGACUACCGGACAUCAGUGUAGGAGGGACCAUGGCUGCCGCAAACUCCUCCAAACCAUCGGCAGAGCAGUCGAUGCGAUUGAGCCCACGACCAGGCCGUAAGCUUCGCCUAGCUCCAGGUGAUGAAGGGGAGCGGCUGCGGUCCACAAGCCCUCAUUCUCCGAGGAAACCACGGACCUCAAAGUCACCAAGCAGAGACAUCUUGGGUUACAUCUCUGAUAGCCCACCCAGAUCCUCAAGACGAAUGAAAUACAAAUCACCAUCCCUCGAGGAUGAAUCACACGUAAUCAAAGGAACUUUUGCAUCGAGGUAUUCAGCGCAGCCAAGGACAAAAACCAGCACACCCGUCUCCAUUCCGAAGAAUGUAUCUUCAGACGACUCGCCUUAUACCGUUCGUCUUAGGGUAAAACCUGGUGAUCUUCGCUCCCGUUCCAUGACCAGAUUGGGCUCCUCCAGUCCAAUGAAUUCCCCCACGCCUCGUCGACCUCCCAGAUUGGGUAAGACUAUAAGUUGGUCCACAGACUCUGAGGAAGACUCCCCAAGAUCAACCAAACCACUGUCAUUAAUCUCUUUAUCACCAAAGAGAGACACUCCACUCAGCUCCAGGAACGGAAUGUUUGAAACUAACAACAAAAACCACGACGACGAAGAGAAACAACUUUCGGAGGUGUUUUUAUCAUCAGGAGGUAAGUCGUCUCAGCAAUCACCAAAGACACCCCUCAGAUCCAUUCUAAGAAAAAGUGCCUCUUUUGAACAAGAAGACUUUCCUCAACCUGAGCCCGUGAAAACUGAGAGGAAAUCCCAUAAGAAACACUCCAGCAGCCCAAGGACUUACAACUUGAUGCUCAAAAAACAAUCCUCAUUAAGUGGCGCUAGUGAAACUGAUGGAGAAGAUGUGAGUGAUGUACUCCUAACAUCAUUCUCCUUACCAGAGCGUGCCCCACUCCCGAACACCUCCUCCAUAUUCCAGCAAGCUCUUACCAACCUGAACAGCCGAAAGCCAAGUGAAAGCAGCGACCCGGGUGAUCUCCAUGUCCGCAGAUCAUCUCUUAUCACCAGCUUCAUCAACUUCACUGUCGAUAGGCCUAGCAACUCACCGACAACUCCUCCUUCGAGUGGGAUAGACUGUAUGUUCGAUGUGAUGCCAGAAAACGACACGGACAAAGAGCCGAGGUUGUCAAACUCUGUACGUCUGAAAGUUUCAAACUGGACCGGCAAAUCUCGAAAGAAAUCAGCCCCAUCAAAGAUGGUGACCGUGGACCAAAUACCUCGGAGUUCAUCUCCCCUCACACCUUCACCGCCAAGACGCAGGAGGGUAGUGUCUGAGGUAGUUCCCCCACGCCGUGACCUCCUGGAAGGGGUGGACAAGACCCGUCCCAAGAAAAGUACAGAUUCAAUGAGUGAAUCCAGUGAGGGAACUUCAAGCUCCAGUCAGAAUAACGUCGCUCAAAUCUCACGUCCUUUGAUUAGCAAAACAGCUAUGAAAUAUAUUAUGAACUUCAUCUCCAAAGCUACUGUCUCUGAUGUUGCCCCGGCAACAAGCACAAAAUCAACGGCACACCAGCUGGGGAGGGAGAGCGCAAUGUUUCCGGAAAUCAAAAACUCCGGAUCGGCUCGCCGGGCUCGGAAUAGACGGGACUCAUUAAGGGCAAUUCAGUAUUUCAUAAGUGGAGAAAACACGGUAGGGGACACGACUGAGAUAACUAGUUUUGAUGAUCUAAGGAAUUUCACACUAACUACCAAACUAGACAGUGUGAAACAUGGCUACCCCAACACACCCAAACCAUCGGCAGAGCCGUCAGCGCGGCUGACCCCACAAAAAGGCCGUAUAAAGCUUCGCUUGGCUACCGACGAAGGUGAACGACUCCGGUCGACAAGCCCCCAUUCUCCGAGGAAACCACGAUCAUCAAAGCCACUGAGCAGAGGCAUAAGUGUGGAGUCUAUCUCAAGCCCUCUAAGUUCCCCAAGAGAUUUGAAACACAGCAAAUCUUCACCAUCCAUCGGCGAUGAACCGCCACUAAACAGUCCCGUCACAACUCCACAGCUUGUGCCUUCAGACAACUCGCCUAAGCACGCUUGGCCUCUGGAAAAACCUAGUGCUAUUCGCUCCCGUUCUACAAGCGACGACGCCUCUAGUCCACUCACUUCUCCAAGACCUCCCCAACCUCCCAAGACUGUAAGAUGGUCUACAGACUCCGAGGAGGAAUCCCCAAGAUCUAAACCUCUGCCUCCAAUCUCCCCAUCGCCGAAAAAGGACGGUUCAAUCAGCGCUUGGGAUGCAUUGUCAGAAAAUAAAAAUGACGCGAGUGAUACUGAUGACGAUGAGAUUGAAUCAUCCCCACCAACAUUGCCCCUUCCAGAGCGUGCCCAACUCCCGGACACCUCCUCCAUAUUCCAGCAAGCUCUUACCAACCUCCGAAAGCCAAGCCUAUGUGACCCUGGCGACCUCCAUGUCCGUCGAUCAUCUCUUAUCACCAACUACAUGAACUUGGGUAGCAAAUCAACCACAACAACUCCCCCGAGUGGGUUGGACUGUCUGUUCGAUGCGAUGCCGGAAGUCUCAGAAAACGACAACAGGAGCAAACAAACAAUGUUGUCAGAUUAUGUACUCUCGAUACUUUCAAAACGGACCGGCAAAUCUCGGAAAAUAUCAGCCCCAUCGAAGUUGCAGCCCAGGAGUUCCUCUCCCCUCACCCCUACACCGCCAAUACGCAGGAGGGUAGUUUCUGAGGUAACUCCCCCUCGCCGUGACCUCCUGGAAGGGGUGGACAAUCCCCGUCGUCCCAAGACAAGUGUGGGUUCAAUGAGUGUAUCCAGUGAGGGAACUUCAAGCUCAAGCCUUAAUGUCACUGAAAUCUCUCGUCCCUACAUGAGUAUGAAGUCGAUGAGUUAUAUCAUGAACUUCAUAUCGAAUGCAACGGUCUCCGAGGCUGUCCCGGGGAGGGGCUUGAAACCAACCCGAAAGCCACCACCGAGGAUGAAAACAGUACUUCCGGCAAUACCCAACUCUGUCUCGGCCCGGAGAGCUCGGAAUAGACGGGACUCGCUGAGGGCAAUCCAGCAGAUUGUGAAUGAACAGAACCCAUUAGGGGACACCACGGAGAUAACUAACUUUGAAGAUUUAAGAAAUUGUAGGUAUAUUCGGGACUUUAAACCGACUGGAAAAGAGGCUGGAGCUUCGAAACGUACACUUUACCACGAAUGGUAACUCCUUAAUAUGCCACAAGAUAGUAAAUAACCGUUUUGAACACACGGCAGUGACAAUACAAAAUCUUAUAAAAUAUUAAAUUCCGGGUGCCAGUGGGCCUGAACCACUUCAUUGGGUCAGGCUGACCCGGAAAUGGUUUUUUAUAAUGUGAACGUUACUCUGAUUAACGUGCGUCACCUUGACCCUAGUUUCAACUGGGUCAGUAUAUGUCAAGCUGACCCCAAACACGAUCAGGCCAAGGGACCUGGAUCAUGGCUAUUGUGCAAAAACAAAUAUCAAUCUUUUUGUACUCUGUAUAUAUCAGAAACAGAAAGUCUAGCUAAUGAAAACUGCUUAAUAUCAGCUAUAAUUAUUCGCAGAGUUUUGUUUUCUUUGGGGGUUUUUGUGGUAAGGAAACUUACUUCACAAUACAAGAAGCAUUACUGACAGUAAAGUGUUUGGGGCAUAAAACUGAUAUAUUUUACGUAACUACAUUAAAUCAAAGUGAAAUGCUUCUCAAAAUGAUUUGCACUAUCGAAAUGUGAUGACUACAUGGUACGGUGGCCCACAACUGUCACGGCAAAACAAAAAGCGCCACGGCAAAACAAGUAUGCAAGUGAGCCCUUUUUCGAGUUGAUCGAAACGUCAUGGUCCAAACUCCAAUUGUCGUAUCAUGGAAACGUCUCAUGACCAGUCACAAGGGCUAAAGUCCCAGAAAAUGACACACUUGUCUGUACUGCCACUGGUGUACUGACAUAAACCAACACGAUUUCCGACAACACAUUACGUUGGCUUAAAGAUCAACUGCACACUGCGCGUGCUGACCAUUUAUAUCCUAUCCCGCCACUCUUUUCGACCUUCAACCCGCAUGCUUUUUGUUUUGCCGUGGCUCUUUGCGUUUUGCCGUGGCUCUUUGCGUUUUGUCGUGGCUCUUUGCGUUUUGCCGCGGCUCUUUGCGUUUUGCCGCGGCUCUUUGCGUUUUGCCGUGGCUCUUUGUGUUUUGCCGUGGCUCUUUGCGUUUUGCCGUGGCUGAUUGCGUUUUGCAGUGGCUCUUUGCGUUUUGCCGUGGCUCUUUGCGUUUUGCCGUGGCUCUUUGUGUUUUGCCGUGGCUCUUUG